AUGCUCGUUUCUUUAGAAUUACUGACGGUCUUUCUGGCUUGUUUCUCGACUGGUUCUGCUCUUCAAAUUACCCCAGAAACACCCCUUUCUGAGUUGAUUGCUUCUGCCAAACUUCACCUUGCGCAGGGUUCCGCUCGAGACGCUGUGGUAUACUUCGAUGCCGCCGUCGCACGCGACCCAACCAACUAUAUAACUAUCUUCCAGCGGGGCGCGGCUUAUCUCUCAAUCGGCAAGAAUUCGCAAGCCUCGAAUGAUUUCGAUCGAGUUCUCGAACUCAAACCAGACUUCGAGGGCGCCCUACUCCAGCGGUCCCGUCUGAAGGCACGCUCCGCACAUUGGCAAGAGGCCUUGCAGGAUCUCGAGCGGGCAGGGAAAAAGUCAACAGAUGAUUACAAGGACUUAGAACUCGCACGGGACGCGGCUACCUUGGCUCUCAACGCCGAAAAGCAGGGCGCUUGGGAGACCUGUGUCUCGCAGGCGAACGUUGCGAUCUUAAAGGCAAACACGGCCCUGCCACUGCGGCAGGCUCGAGCGCAUUGUCACUUUGAAAGAGGCGAGACGGAAGAAGGGCUCGGUGAUCUGGCACAUGUACUACAAAUGUCUCCGAACUUAAUGGAGCCUCACCUCCAAAUGUCGUCCAUGUUGUUCUACUCUUUGGGGGACAGUGACCGCGGACUUGCCCAAAUCCGCAAAUGUCUCCAUGCCGAUCCUGACUCGAAACCGUGCAAUCGCCUCUAUCGACGUGAACGCAAGCUUGCCAAGCAGCUUGAGAAAUUGCAUACCGCCCUGGGUGCACGAAAGUUCAGCAAUGCGGCUAAUUUGAUGGUCGGCGAUAGUGAAUCCAGUGGUCUAAUUGCAGACGUCAGGGCCGACGUUGAAGAAGCAAGGGAGGCUGGCCAUAUACAUCGCCUGGCACCAAACAAUCUUUACACAUUCCUAGUCGAGAAGACCUGUGAAGCUUACCGUGAAAUGCAUAUGAUGAAAAAGGCUGGUCCUUAUUGCACUGAAGCUCUCCAACUUGUUCCUCACUCGCUCGCCGGGCUCCUAUAUCGGGCCCAAAAUGCCCUGGACGAGGAUCGAUUCGAAGAUGCCAUACGUACGCUCGACUCGGCCAAGGAACAUCAUCCGAGUUCCCAAGAGGCUCAAUCUCUCCAUCAAAAGGCCCAUACACUUCUCAAACGUUCCAAGCAGAAGGACUACUACAAAGUCCUGGGAGUUAGCCGUGAUGCGGAUGACCGGACAAUCAAGCGCGCAUAUAGGCAGCUAGUGAAGCAACAUCACCCUGACAAGGCUCACGCUCAGGGUGUCGGCAAGGAAGGGGCAGAAAAGAAGAUGGCGGCCAUCAAUGAAGCCUACGAAGUCCUAUCGGACCCUGAACUUCGGGCACGGUUCGACAAUGGUGACGACCCCAACGAUCCUGAAUCACAGCAGCGGGGUUCUCCGUUCCAGGGCAACCCAUUCGGUGGUCAACAGUUCUUUUUCCAGCAAGGUGGCCCACAGUUCCAGGGAGGCUUCAAGUUCCCAGGCGGGUUCCGAUGA